CUCAUUUAUCGGCACGGUGUUUUUUCCCAGGGACACGCGAGUCAGCUGUGUGGUGUGGUGUCACACUGAAAGCGUUCCGCGGCCAGGGGUUAGAUAGGAAACACUGCAGUUGUCAACGUUUCAUAAUUGAAUGUUGCGCUAGUGUAACAUUAAAUAUACAGUGGCGUGUUUUUGAUGGUUCUGUCCACAGAGGGACCGUUCGAGUUCACCUGUGUGAAUGCCGAUGCUCUCCAUGUAGUGUGUUCCUUCCCCUUGAGGCUGUCAUCAGCUUCUGUGGCUGACAGCGGAGCAGGAUGUCAGACAGUGGGAACCAGUCCUGUUGGAUGGGAGCAGAGGACACCGUCUCCUUCCUGGUGUGUGUGUUUCAUGCAUGGGAGGAAUGGGCGGGCCUUGGGCAGUUGGAGGACUAUCUGAGUGUUUUGGAGUAUCUGCUGUGGGUCUUCACCCCUCUGGCCGUCGUCUUCAUCCUGCCCUUCCUCAUUGUCAUCCUCAUUUACCUCUCUAUACUCUUCCUUCAUGUCUACAAGAGGAAGAAUCAGCUGAGGGAAGCUUACUGCAACAACCUGUGGGAUGGAGCCAGGAAGACCCUGGCGACUCUGUGGGACGGACACGGAGCCAUAUGGCACGGUUAUGAGAUCCAUGGGAUGGAGAAGAUCCCUGACAAAGGUCCAGCGCUGAUAGUGUACUACCACGGAGCCAUUCCCAUUGACUACUAUUACUUCCUGGCCAAUGUUAUCAUCCAGAAGGGACGGCCCUGUCACUCUGUAGCUGACUACUUCCUCUUUAAGAUCCCAGGUUUCAAGUUACUGUUGGAGGUGUUCAGUGUGAUCCACGGUCCUCAGGAAGAGUGCGUGCGGGCUCUGAGGAGUGGUCACCUGUUGGGGAUUUCCCCGGGAGGAGUGCGCGAGGCUCUGUUCAGUGAUGAGACCUACCCUCUCCUCUGGGGAAAACGCAAAGGCUUCGCCCAGGUCGCCAUUGACGCUCAAGUGCCAAUAAUUCCAAUGUUUACUCAGAAUCUGCGGGAAGGCUUCAGAUCCCUGGGAACACUCAGAUUUUUCCGCUGGCUGUACGAGAGGUUUCGCCUCCCUGUAGCUCCUGUUUAUGGGGGAUUUCCUGUGAAGUUCCGCACCUUCCUCGGUGAUCCCAUCCCGUAUGACCCCAACAUAAACGCUGCAGAGCUGGCAGAGAAGGUGCAGCAGGCAGUUCAGUCUCUGAUAGACCAGCACCAGCAGAUCCCGGGGAACAUCCUGAGAGCCUUGUUGGAGAGAUUUUACACCAAACACAAAGACCACUGACACAGCAGCAGUUCAUCAACAGAGACAGACCACCCAGUGUGUGAGCAAAACAACGCGUCCCAUUGGCGCAGAUGGCUGCAGUGUGCACAGGUUUGGCCUAACAUGUUGGAACAUUUGCACAGCUUUCUUCACCGCUUCCAAACAACUACCAACUACAGCUGCUGAGCUCCGUUUUACAUACAUGUUGUACAUACAUGUUGCAUGUUUCAGAUUUUUUUCAAUGCGUGCAUUGACUCCCUUUUUCGUCCGAUGAACUCUUGAAAGCUAUACUUCUUGAAGUUGUGAUAUUGGACUCGACAAUAAUCACACCUCAAAAAAAUUAUAAAUGCAAAGAGAAUUAUUUUUUUAAUACACACGUGUACAAUAUCUAAUUUCUUGUGUUCUGAUUGUCUCUUCAGCAGAGGUGACAAUUUCCAUACAGGUUUAGUGGCUUCACGGUUAACGGUGAAGUAGGUGGAUUUGAUUUGUGGGAGUAUUUUGGAAACAGUAAUGUUAUUAGUGUUGUAAGUUAGCGGUAGCCCAGACUUAAUUAAACCGACACAGGUUGAGUCUGAUCUAAACUGCUGUGGCUGCCCGGUGCAGCUCUGACAUUUUCUGGCAUUGCACAGCGCAGGGAAGGAAUAAUCUCUGAGAUUACGGUAUGUUCUGCCUCCAUUUAGAAGUGGUGACUGUAGGCUGCAGCUCACAGCAACUUAAGACUAUAUAGUGUUGUCAAAUGGCUUUUAAUUGAGUUUCCUCUUAGUGAAAUAAUAGACACUGAAAAGCGUGGGGCCUUUUUACCACCUUUUUUACCACCUAAAAAGAAACGAUAAAUGCAAAGGUAAUUAUUUUUAAUACAAGCGUGUACAAUAUCUAAUUUCUUGUGUUCUGUGUGUCUUUAAGUCUUUUAAUGAUACUAGUAAUUAGUGGACACACAUACAUACAUACAUACAGAUACAUCUUGAUAGAUACUUUAACAUCACUCUCAGGUUGCACAUCUACAGUCUUACUUGACUUUGAGCAAAGGGUGUAAUUUGUGAGAUCAGGCUGCAGGUUUAAGUCUUAUUUAUGUCUCUGCGUUAAAUCUAAGCCACAGGUACGUGUAUAUCUUGACCCAACGCCGUAGCCAGACGUGCACCUCUCAAAAAAAUAUAACUACAUGUCGGGGCAACGCAGACCACAACGACUGUGAUUGAUCUGUUUGGCUCUGGCUUGGUACCAUUGCAUUUCCCCCUACUCGCUUCCUACAACAGCUUUCCAACCGUGGGAACUCCUUAUACUUAAGGGGCGUUUUAUUCAAUUUUAUAGCAUUUGAAAAAUCAAUUGAAGUGGUUUUGAAAUACUAUUGAUUAAAAGUUAACAUAUUCCAGUCUGUGAUUAUCCAUCAACAUCCAUUCCUUUAAUUUUAGUCCAAAUAAUUCCUAAUUUCUGCUUUUCUAACUCAAACAUUAGGUAUACAUUCCUAUAAAUGAGGUUUAAAAAGCGUCAAAAGUGUUGACAAAAACAUGAAAAAAAAGUGUUGAUUUACAAUUUUGACGGGAAGACAACACAAGGGUUAUCUCAAAUCUUUUAUCAGUCAAUCACACUUCACAGGUAACUGACAAACUAAGGCUGCAACAAGACUAGAAGCAUUACAUUUGGGAAAAGGAGACGUAUGCACACACAACAAUUAAAAUAGGCAGGGAUGUGGGUUCAAAAGGUGUUCAAAAUAAAACAAAAUUAUUGAAACAGACGAAAUAGAUGAAAGACAUUAAUGUUUCAGCCAUUGAAGGCAGAGUUUUAAAUGUUUGUUUGAAGAUAUCAACACGUUCAGCUCUCCUCUAAUCCUCAGUCCGGCUGUUCCAGCUGCUCCGAGGAGAGAGCUGAACUCUCCCCUAAGCGUUUCACUGUGACUAACUCUAAGAAACAUACCGUAGAGGCUUAGCCCGCGCUUUAAGCCCCUGAGUGCCGUUCCACGGGUAGAGUCAACAACACACUUUUGACCUUUUUGAUCAAUGAAAUUCCAAAGUCAAAUUUGCAUUCCAUUGGUUCCAGUUGUUUCCAUGAGAUCUUAGUUGGGUUUUCAGGCAAAUCGCUGCUUGUAUGAAUGCCUGUGUAGUGUUAUGGUGUCGUUGGUGUGCGUGGUGCUCAAAAACUGUAUGUGCUUCCAGGUUGCACCCGAGGAACCAAGGAUUGGUUCCUAUUAAUACCGAGGGCACGCAUUUCCUCUUACACAUACAUUAAAAGCUUUUUAAGUAUGCUGGUACAAAGUAGUAAAAUACAUUUGGGAAGAAAAUAAAAUAAUAUGUGCUGACCCUGAGGCCACCAGUCAUGAGUUAAGAUGUUGUCACAGAAGAUUUGAUGCCUUGAAACUUCAGUUCAAAGACAGAAGUAAAGUGGUCUUAGUGUUUUAAAAUGAAUGGGUUGCCUCAAACCUUCAUUAGAGGUACAGUACAUUACAUUUUCCCUAAUUGUAUACAGUUUUGGGGAAAAACAGUAUGUUGUAUCCUUAUAUUCAUGUGUUCAUCCUCAUUCCCAAAAUCUUCCCCACCGAUACUUGUAUUUUCAAAUAUUAACAACACACAUACCACUCUGUGUUAUCAGUUCUACUGGGGAGGGUACAACACAGUAGAACUGACAUUAAUGGAAAUAUUGAUCAACAGAAAAGCUUCAUUUAGGUAAAUAGGAUUAAACUAAAUGCUCAGUGUAGAACAAAACGUUUUUCAUUCAUUUGUGUGUGUGUGUGUGUGUGUGUGUGUGUGUGUGUGUGUGUGUGUGUGUGUGUGUGUGUGUGUGUGUGUGUGUGUGUGUGUGUGGUGUGUGUGUGUGUGUGUGUGUGUGUGUGUGUGUGUGUGUGUGUGUGGUGUGUGUGUGUGUGUGUUGUGUGUGUGUGUGUGUGUGUGUGUGUGUGUGUGUGUGUGUGUGUGUGUGUGUGUGUGUGUGUGUGUGUGUGUGUGUGUGUGUUCCCACAGCCAGGGAACAGACCAAAAGGGAGCCUAUCUUGAGUAUCUUCUCACUGUAAUAUUGAUCAUAUCUGUACAAAUACUGAUCUGUCACUUUACUGUGUGCAUAUAUGAGUAUAUAUGAUGUACAUAUUGUGGUUCAACAAAUGGUUGUCAAAGUCUCACUGCCAACUCUGAAUCUGUUUUUAUUUUGAAAGAAGCCUUUGUAAAACCAAGUGUGUGUUUUUCCUGAUGUCUAACUGGAGGCUUUCCUUCUGUGUACUGGUUGCCUUUUUAAAUAUUUAUGUUUUCAGUUUUUAGAUGAUCUAACGUGUAUUUUUAAAUUCUGUCAAUAUAUAAACGUUGCACUUUUAAAUAUUGAGAUCCACUUCAACCUGUUUAAUAAAUCUAUUUUAUUAA